AUGCCUCUCCCGGAGGAGAAGAGGCCGGGAGAAUCGGCUGAGCUGGCCUACCGAAUCAGCUGCUGCCUCAGUGGACCGCAGCUGGCGCUGAGAAGCCCUGGCUCAGAGGGAUAUCCGUACUGGCUCUCCACGUCGUUUCCCGUGUUCAUCCGGUUCUACUUCUGGAACGUUACCAACUGGGAGGAUGUGCUCAGCAAGCAGGCCAGACCAAUUCUGCAGGAAAUGGGACCCUACACUUACAGAGAAGAACAUCAGAAGGUCAACAUAACGUGGAACAGCAACGACACCGUCACAUACAUGCAGAUCAAGACCUGGUUCUUCGAGCCGGACAUGUCCAACGGCACGGUGGAGGACAGAGUUACAACACUGAAUGUUCCUCUUUUGGCCGCUGCCGAUUCGGUUAAGGACAUGGGCCGCUUGGUCAAGUACAUGUUCAACUUGAUGGUGAACCGCGUGGGCAGUCAGGCUUUCGUGACCAAGACGGUGCGCGAGUUUCUAUUCGAGGGCUACAACGACCCUCUACUGGACGCCGCCGUGGCCAUGGAGCAGUUCCUCCACAUCGCGGUGCCGUUCGACAAGUUCGGCUGGUUCUACGCGCGCAACACUACCCCAUACUACGACGGUGUUGUGAACAUGGACACGGGCAGUGACGUCUCCCGCAUGGGCAACAUAUACUCCUGGAACUACAGCGACACCAGCAGCGCUUUCGCUGGCUCCUGCAACAUGCUGAAUGGCUCGGCCGGCGAGCUCUUCCCUGCGAGGCUACACAAGGACUUCAUCCAGUUCUUCUCAACAGACCUAUGCCGAACUCUGAAGGUACCAUAUCAAAAGGAAGCCUCCGUCUACGACCUGACCGCGAACCGUUACGCCGCCACGGAGAUGCUGUUCGGCAGCCCGGAGGUCAACCCUGACAACUGGUGCAACUGUCACGGAGAGUGUCCACCCUCAGGUUUGCUGGACCAGUCACACUGUCGGCAGAGCAUGCAGGCCUUUGUCUCAUUGCCACACAUGCUGUUUGCUGACCCGGAGGCUAUCAACGAGACAGAGGGCCAACGUCCGGAGGCGGACGUCCACAACUUCCACAUCGACAUAGAACCGACGACAGGAACUUCCGUGUCGGUGAGGGCGAGGUUUCAGAUCAACCUCCUUCUUAAGUCCAACCCAGAUAUCAAAGUGCUCAACCACCUGCCAAGGGCCCAUAUGCCCAUGUUCUGGUUCGAGAACGCCGUGGACACGACACCGGAGCUGGCGGCACAGUUCAUCACCAUCACGGGCACGAUACCGCUGGCGCUGCAAGUCGGCAGCUGGGUCAUCACCGCUCUAGGUGGCCUGGUGCUGGCCGGUGGUGCUGCCCUCUGCAUGCACCGAGUCUGACGAGUGCUGCCCUCUAGCCCACCUUGUACGACGUGAUUUCCCGUCGCCUCAAUUCCAAAGCGCGCGCGGUUGUCGAGAUGGAGUAAGGUGACCGCUGCUGAGCCCAGACUGAGUUGAGCGAGGCUCACUGCACCCGGAAGCUGCUGCUGCACUCGGAGCGGUUGCUGUGCUCGAGGGGUUGCUGCUGUGCUCGGGAGCUGUUGCUGCGCUCGCGGAACGUUGCUGAACUCGGGCGCUGCCGCUGCGGCCGAAAUGCCAGCAGCUGCUCUCGAUGGAUGCGAACGGAUGUUUCUACUCAUAUUGCCGUCCGAGCUUCAGCAGUGUAGCAAAUCACGUACCCAUGUAUGCACGCGACUUGUGUCUGGCGAUGGCUCGUGGCCCGGCAUCACCAGUGGCGUCUGACGUCACUCAUGGCCUGGCGUCAUCAGCGGCGUCUGACGUCACCCAUGGUCUAGCAACACACCAGCUCGUGAUCCCUGCCCAUCCGCACGACUCGCUGGGUGUGUUGUUGCUGAAGACUUCGAACUUAAGAUUACACGGACGGAAGAACUGUCGAACUGUCUUCCUCUUCUGGUGUGUUAGUUUGCAAGCAACGCUACGGCCAGCUCAUUCUUCCACUGUCCUUGGGUAAUAUUGAGUGCAGAGAAUUACUGGACGAUGUUUGUCUUUCGGUCAUAUAUCCGUCAUGAUACGAUUUUUAUUCCCGGAAGCACUGGCACUUGAAUCGUGUCUUUUGAUCACGAGUCCAACGCCCUACCAGCUGAGCUAACUGGAGAGGGACUUCCCGGAUUGUUUACUUUACUGUUAACUUUAGUUUACUGGCCGACACGUCGUGAACACACUAAGACACCAGGCGAAGAUGAUGGUCCGAACAAUUAGUUCAUCGGUGAUGCCAAUGCCUUGGAUCAGUCCUUCCGAAAAACUUUUCCAAUGCUGGAAGCGUCCUGGGCAAUCGUAUUAGAAAAUUUCCGAAUAGGGUUGCAAUGACUUGGUGUAUGCCCCUGUGAUCUACGUGUGGAGAAAGCCAUGUUUACAGGAUGUGAUCUUGUAAAACACCCGCGCGCGCCGUGAUCUCCGCUUGACGCUGGAUGAGCUUCUCAGCAUCCAGCCCU